UAAUUGUUUUGGCAUCCCCAAAUUUUCAUCUGUCAAAUUUUAUUGUCGCAAAAAUUUCAGUCAUAUUUUUGUAAAAUAUUACGUGAUCUAAAACAAUAUAAAAAAAUAACAUAUCAAUUCGUAAUCCCCGUGUUAGUCGCCGUUUGAUCCGGCGGUGGUUACCCAACUGCCGGUGCCCGUCGGUUUGCAUAAAUGAAUGAUGUCGUUGAGGUCGAAGGCCCUGGCACUGGUGGAAGUGUUACUCAGGGUUCCACCGUUGUUUGUGGUGGAUGAAUUCCUGAAAGCAAGCCUGGGCGUGCCGUUGUCCACCGGCGAGGAGGUGCCGAUGCUGUCAUCUGUGUCCGUAGACGGAGAGAUCCUCGAAAAUGAUUCCGUCUACUACGACGCCCAUUUCUACAACGCGUUUAUAUAUCUGCUGGUGAAGUUCGCCAUAUGCUGUCUAGGAUGCCUGUCAGCGCUCUGCAUAUUCGUGCUGUACACGAAGCAUCUAAUCAUCGUGUACCUCUAUCUCAUGUCAAUAGGCCUAGUCUUUAUCUCCUACUGGACGAAUGUGUCCGCCAUCAAGCAAAUACAAACACUAUUGGAUGCCGAUUCUGCGCACCACUCUACAAGCAUAUUAGAAGAUUUACUUAAUUUAAACAUAAGGAAUUUACUUGAUCUCGAAGGCCCGGGAAUUCUGGUCAUACAAAACUUAGCAAUACAGUUCCUGCUGGCCAUCCUAUUCAGAAAUGUUCACCUCGGACCCCGGCAGCCAAAAAUACAGAAGUUCUUACCGAUGAGCUUCAUGGCACCCUCCUUUUUCGCAAUGAUACCGUUACCACCGAACCUUUUGCACCAUUCUCCAGCUUUUUCAACGUUACUGCCACUAUUUCUCGUGAAAUACGUACUCUGGUCAUCGAGCUAUGACGUCGCUCAAGUGAUUUACGCAGGAUAUCAGCACGGAAGGCUAUUCAUAAGCCAUAAUGGCCUAUCUGCGUUAGUUGAAACCGAAUGGAUGCGUUUGAACGUGCCAUGCGUACUUAGGGUGUUCUGGGUGAUGCGUGUGGCAGAACACGCAAUAUUAUUACUAAUGGAAAGUUAUGACGAAGUCGCCGAUGAAGGAUUGAAGGUCUCGACUUUGAUAGCCGUGCAAUCGCUCGCGUCGUUGGCCAAAUCGUUGCUGGUGACGGGGUGCGAGACCAUAACGGCCGUGCUCGGGAUGACGUCGGUCAUCUCGUUCUUCUGCCACUACAUCGGGAAUUUCUUCCAAUGGAUUCUCCUCACGGAAGAGGAGGAGGACAAGAGUAUCGGCACGGUUUCAGCCAUACUGUUUUAUAUUCUAGCGUUGCAAACAGGAUUGACGUCUCUGAACCCCGAGAAAAGAUUCAUCAGACUGUGCAGAAAUUUCUGUUUGCUCUUCACUGCCCUCUUACACUUCUUGCACAACAUUGUCAAUCCAAUGCUGAUGUCUCUAAGCGCAUCGCGUAAUCCGAGCACACAUAGACACGUCAGAGCACUGGGCGUUUGCGCAUUUCUCAUCAUGUUUCCCAUAACGCUGCUGGUUUAUCUAUGGUCACAACAUUCCAUAUCCACGUGGCUCUUAGCCGUAAGCGCUUUCAGUGUAGAGGUAAUAGUCAAAGUCGUAGUCAGCCUGAUGAUUUAUUCGUUAUUCCUAAUCGACGCUAACAGAAAUACAUUCUGGGAGCAGUUGGACGAUUAUGUGUACUACAUAAGAGCUUUCGGGAACACUAUAGAGUUCUGUUUCGGGAUAUUCUUGUUCUUCAACGGAGCUUGGAUCUUGUUGUUUGAAUCCGGAGGGGCGAUUCGGGCGGUGAUGAUGUGUAUACACGCGUAUUUCAACAUCUGGUGUGAGGCUCGAGCCGGUUGGUCUGUGUUCAUGAAGCGGCGCACGGCCGUCAACAAGAUCAACUCGUUGCGCGAGGCCUCAGCGGACCAACUGCACCGAUUGGAUGACGUGUGCGCUAUAUGCUACCAAGAGAUGCACUCCGCGAAGAUAACGAGGUGCAACCACUUCUUCCACGGCAUGUGCCUCCGAAAGUGGUUGUACGUGCAGGACAGGUGUCCGCUAUGCCACGACAUACUAUAUAGAUUAGACAAUAAGGAGAAUUCAGAGGCUGGGAAUGAGGAGAAUAGCAACAACCAAAACUUGCUGCUCGAGGAGGAACCGGACCAGGCGGACCUCCUCCUCAACGAGGGCGUGAGAUGACUGAACAAUGACGACUACUACAAUCUAGUAUGAUAUCAAGUUUAAAACUCGAUUUAUCAGUGGUAUUUUUUAUUUGUAUAGUAAGUUAUUGUUCUUUAAAUGUAUUUUGAAUCAGUGGGUUACUGUGAUUUAAGGUUUAAAUUCUGUCUUGUGAUGUAUGGGUGUAUCGUUAUUAUUCAGUGUGAAGAUUUUAGUGUUAAGGUCUAUGUAGGUGUGCUAUACGCUUGGAUUGUCGACGCGUUGUUAACGUUUCCUAUUAAUUUUUAAAAAAAAUUGAUACAAAAAAUCACUGUGCACCAGCUAACAGACAAACAUUCGAAAGGGACGCGAAGCUAUUUGUAAAUAUUUAUGUCGUUUAGAAAUAGCUUUUGAUAUACUUAACAAGCUUACGUGGAAAAAGUAUAAAAAUUGCAAUUUUUUUUCAUAAAACUGUAAAUAAACUAUUAUUUUAGUGUAAUAGGCACACGACUUUUAUUUCGGUGCAAUUUCAAAAAACAAUGUGAAGGGUGUUAUGAAAUAAAAACACAAUCAAGAUUAUCGCAACA